GCCAAGGGCUCGCCGGUGCCAGUCGCCGACGGGGCGCGUUCCGGUGCCGCGGCGGGUGGCACGGGCUGGCAGCCAUGGGCUGGGUGCCCGGGCCCCAAGGGGAGGGGGCGACUGCUGUCGACCGCCAGAGGUCCGCGUUGUGGGCCCUCCCUCUCGCGGGCCAGCUCCAGCCCCGCCCCCCGAGCCGCGUCCGCUCACUCUGCUCGUGGCCGCGCGACUGCCGGGGGCGCACGACCAGGGCGCACGGCCCUGGGGCAAGCGGCCCAUGGAGCCGAGGCUGCUGCGGCCGGCGCCGGUGAGCGAGGUCAUCGUCUUGCAUUACAACUACACUGGCAAGCUUCGCGGUGCACGCUACCAGCCCGGCGCGGGGCUGCGUGCCGACGCCGUCGUGUGCCUGGCGGUGUGCGCCCUCAUCGUGCUCGAGAACUUGGCCGUGCUGUUCGUGCUUGGGCGCCACCCGCGCUUCCACGCGCCCAUGUUCCUGCUCCUGGGCAGCCUGACGCUGUCCGACCUGCUGGCGGGCGCGGCCUACGCCGCCAACAUUCUGCUGUCGGGGCCUCUCACGCUGCGCCUGUCGCCCGCGCUCUGGUUCGCCCGUGAAGGUGGCGUCUUCGUGGCGCUCGCCGCGUCCGUGCUGAGCCUCCUGGCCAUCGCGCUCGAGCGCCGCCUCACCAUGGCCCGCCGAGGACCCGCGCCCGCCGCGCGUCGGGGACGCACGCUGGCAAUGGCGGCUGCCGCCUGGGGCGUGUCGCUGCUCCUCGGACUACUGCCGGCGCUCGGCUGGAAUUGUCUGGGCCGCCUGGAUACCUGCUCCACCGUCCUGCCGCUCUACGCCAAGGCCUACGUGCUCUUCUGCGUGCUCGCCUUCCUCGGCAUCCUGGCCGCCAUCUGUGCGCUCUACGCGCACAUCUACUGCCAGGUGCGUGCCAACGCGCGGCGCCUGCGGGAGCGGCCCGGGGCUGCCGGGGGCGCCUCCAGCCGGGCCCGCCGCACGCCGCGCUCGCUGGCGCUCUUGCGCACGCUCAGCGUGGUGCUCCUGGCCUUCGUGGUGUGUUGGGGCCCCCUCUUCCUGCUGCUCUUGCUCGACGUGGCGUGCCCCGCGCGCGCCUGCCCCGUGCUCUUGCAGGCCGACCCCUUCCUGGGCCUGGCCAUGGCCAACUCGCUUCUGAACCCCAUCAUUUACACGCUCACCAACCGCGACCUGCGCUUCGCUCUCCUGCGCCUGGUCUGCUGCGGCCGCCGCCCCUGCCACAGAGGGCAGGACGCCUCCCAGGGGUCCGGGAGCCCCGCUGGGGCUUCGGGAGGCCUGAACCGCUGGCUGCCCCCCGGCUUGGACGGCAGCUCCAGCCGCUCCGAGCGCUCGUCACCCCAGCGGGACGGGCUGGACACUAGCGGCUCGGCUGGCGGCCCUGGGGCGCCCACAGCCGCCCGGACCCUGGUACCCGCUCCGGCCGCGGACUGACGCCUUUUGGCCUGCCAGUACCCUCCCCGAGAGCUGUUUUGCAGACUUUUUCUUUUUAAAUAAGGGAAUUUGUAGGAAAAGCAGCUGAAGGUGGUGGCGGCAGAAGAGACCAAGGGAAACGCGUUUUAUUUAUGCUAAGCCCCACAGCAGUAAAUGAAACAGACAAAAAUCACGACCCUUGUGGCAUUGACAUUCUGAUGGGGGACACAGGCACUAACAGGGUGAAGACAUCACGGAUAUGAUUCCACCUACAAUACAGUGAUGCGGUGGUGGUCAGGGGAUGCUUCUCUGCAGAAGUGGUGACAUACGAUGUAAGCUGAGACAUCAUUGCCCUGGGAACAUUUGAAAGAAGAGCUUUGCAGGGUGAAGGAACAGCAGUGCAAAGGUCCUGAGGCUGGAACAUGCCUGUGUUUUCUCGGAAAAGCAAAGAUCCCCUUUGCGGCUAAAGCAACAAUGGAGGGGGGUGGUGGGAGGAAACAAAGGCAGGAAAAUGCUGGGGCAGAGUGGGCAGAGCCUUGUGGGCCCCGUCCAGGACUUUGCUUUUUCUCUGAGUGAAGUGGGAGGCGGAGGACAGACUUGAUUUGCUUGAGAUGUUCACAGAGGGUGAACAUCUGUAAGGGUGAAGGUCAAAGCUAGAACAAGGUGAAAGUGCCUGCACUGGCCCAGGAGAGCAAGGAUGGGGCCUCAGACUAUGUGGAUUCUGAAUAGAUUUUGGAGACAGCAGGUGGGAAUUACUGAGGAAUUCAGUGUGGGCGUGAGAGAAAGAAAUGAAUCAAGUUUAGAGGAGAGAAUGCCAAAAACACGGCACCCUAAACUAAAAUUUGACUGUGAGAGACAGCCAAUUCCUAUCUGAAAAAGAUUUCUUUGAGUGUGGUGUCAGAUCCUUCAUAAAAAAGUAAAAAAUAUAAUAAUUAGAACAAU